ACCAAGGAGAUCGAGCUACCUCGCUUUUGUUUUCAUUUCAUACUCAUAGAGCUAAAGAAGUCAUUAUUGGCUCUACUGAGAAAGAUACUAGGCUCCAUGGGCAACAGCUUGGGAUCUAAGAAAACCGCGAAGGUCAUUAAAAUUAACGGUGAGACAUUGAAGUUGAAGACACCGGUACAAGCUGGGGAAGUUGUGAAAGACUACCCAGGUCAUGUUUUGUUGGAUUCCGAGGCUGUCAAGCAUUACGGCAUUCGAGCAAAGCCUUUGGAACCGCACCAGCUGCUGGAGCCAAGGAGGCUCUAUUUCCUAGUAGAGUUGCCGCAGCCUCCAAAAGAGACAGUUCCGAGAAGAGUUCGGUCGGGGAUAAACAUGAGCGCAAAGGACCGGUUGGAGAGCUUAAUGCUGUCUCGAAGGUCGGUUUCUGACCUGUCCAUCAUGAAACCGACAAGCAUUGCGCUCGAGGAGUCCAAAGAAGGGUCACAGAAUGGAGCAGUGAGGUUGAAAAUGAGGCUUCCGAAAGCAGAAGUGGAGAAGUUGAUGAGGGAAAGCAAAGACGAGGCAGAGGCAGCUGAGAAGAUUAUGAAUCUUUGUAGGGCGAGCAACGGCGAUAUUAAAGGUGGGCGUGAAGUUUCACCGAAGGGGAACGAGGCAGAUCGAGAGAUCAUGGCCUUGGAGCGGAAACCGCGUUGGGAAGCUCGUGGCCACGGAAGAGUUGGAAGAAAUACCAUGAAAGGGCGUGAGAAGCGAGUGAGUUUCAUGCCAAUCAAUGAAGGAGAGAUUCAAAUAGCUGUGGCAGCUUCUUAAUAGUAAGCCAUGAAGAGAGAAUAGAUCAUGGCCUAUAUUGCUCCAACCAGAUGAUCAGGGGAUAGUACUACGUACCUAACCAAAGACUUGGUGUGGUGUGUGAUAGUUAUGUAAAUGAAACAAGUUGUUGGAUGCUGAAAUAAGACCAUAAUUGAAGUCAUGAUGAUAUUAUAUAUUAAUAUUAUGUAGAAUUAAAUAUUACUUUUGCAAAAACUAUA